GCCGCCAGCCCGACGCCGAGCGGAGCGGCGCGGGGCCGCCAUGUGCGGGGCCGCCGUGCUGCUGCUGGCGGCGGCGGCGGCGGCGGCGGCGGCGGGGCCGGGGGGCGGCGGGGAGGAGGCGAUCCAGUGCCCGCCGUGCUCGGAGGAGCGGCUGGCCCGCUGCAAGGCCCCGCAGGGCUGCACCGAGUUGGUGCGGGAGCCGGGCUGCGGCUGCUGCGCGACCUGCGCGCUCGGCCGGGGCACCGCCUGCGGGGUGUACACGGCGCGCUGCGGGGCCGGGCUGCGCUGCUACCCGCCCCGCGGAGUGCCCCGGCCGCUGCACACCCUCAUGCACGGGCAGGGCGUCUGCACCGACCUGGCCGACGUCGAGGCCAUCCAGGAGAGCCUGCAGCCACCAGAGAAGGAGGAGAUCGAGCACCCCAACAACAGCUUCAGCCCCUGCAGCAUCCACGACCGCAAGUGCCUGCAGAAGCAGCAGGCAAAGCGCAUCAACAACGGCAAUAAAAUGCGCAGCAGUGGGAGCCCACAUCACCGCGAGGAGAGCCGGCCCAUUGCACAGGGCUCGUGUCAGAGCGAGCUGCACCGCGCGCUGGAGCGACUGGCGGCCUCACAGACACGGACACACGAGGAUCUCUACGUCAUCCCCAUCCCCAACUGCGACCGCAACGGCAACUUCCACCCCAAGCAGUGUCACCCGGCGCUGGAUGGGCAGCGGGGCAAGUGCUGGUGCGUGGACCGCAAGACGGGGGUGAAGCUGCCGGGCUUCCUGGAGCUGAAGGGGGACUUGGAUUGCCACCAGCCAGCGGACAGCAUGUGAGCGUGAGCGCGGCCGGGCCGCCCGCCGGGGCCGUGGAGGAGAGGGGACACAUCUGCUGAGCAGCUCCUGGCGCCGGGGGACCCCCGCGUGCCCCCCAUCGCUGCUCUGCUCUGCCCACGGCACGCGGCACCGCGCCACCCCAGCGCUGUGACCACCACCCAGCACCCGCUGGUGGCAUCCCCGUCCCGCACAGACCCUGGUGCGGACAGACAGACACUGCCUGGGUGCCAGCAGGGCUGCUUUCAGGCUGUUUCGGUGGAGGUGCAUAAAGGAGAAAGCAGCUGCACCCCUCCCUGCCUGCAAGCACCCGGCGCAGCCCCCGCCGCAGUGCCUUCCUCUGCGCCCACCCUGAGCGCGCAGCACGAAAAGUGCCUCGGCCCCCCCGGCCGUGUGGGCAGGGAGAGGAGGGACCUCCCGCUGCCACCUGCCGUCACCUGCCCUCGUGUGCGUGGGGUGGGGGCCGCAGUGAGCAAUAAGGACCUUCACCCCGGUGUGGGGCACCAACGGCGCCAGCUGUUCCUGGUGCAGCCCCAGACCCCGCUGCCUCCCUACGUUUGUAGUGUUCAAAUCCAUCAUUGGUGGGAUGGUCUGCGUGGUGCCCUGGGCUGAGCCGCUCCCGCUCCCCCCGGCACCCCCCACUCGUGGUUGCUGUCCUCUCAUCCUCAGAUGGGGCACAAACAGGACGGGUUUCUGUGUCCUUUGGGUGUGAAAUGGCAGCGGGUGGGGGGCUGAGUGCGGGGUGGGGGUCCUGCAGGGUCAGCGCUGUGCACCGCCGCUCCCACUGCAGUUACACAGUGCCGUGUACCAGCAUAGGGCCCCCCCCGCCGUGACCCCACCGUGACCCCACCAUGACCCUGCCGUGACCCCGCCAUCUCUUUUCCGCACUGAUGCGAUCGCCGUUCCCUAUGGGACGCCCCCAUCGCUCAGCUGUGUAGCACCAUCCUUCCUUCUUUUACGGUAAACUUGAAGCUUUGUAUCAUUACAAG